AUGUUGGCCUUGAAUAUCACGUCAUACUCAAACCCAUCGGGCUACCAGCUUUCUGAGUUAGCCAAGCCGGAACUCAGCGAUUCAAAAGAUGUGAUCAUUAAGGUUCACGCAGCAAGCAUCAAUCCAAUUGAUGUGAAGAGGGCUAAUGGGAUGCUGAAGUUGGCGCUAAAAGACUCCUUUCCAUAUAAAAUCGGCUAUGACUGUGCCGGUAUAGUCACAGAGGUUGGAUCGGAUGUGACCCGGGUCCAAGUCGGGGCUGAAGUUUAUACUAGGCUACCAGAGGUUUCUCGAGGAUCUUGCAGUGAAUUUGUUAAAUGUGCAGAGGAAGAAAUUGCCCUGAAGCCGCCUUCGUUAUCAUUCGAGGAUGCAGCUUCAAUUCCCCUGGCAGCAAUGACUGCACUUCAAGCACUCAAAAAAUAUAAAGGAGACCUGGCUGGAAAGACUGUCUUUGUGCCCGCCGGCCUGAGUGGGACAGGUUUAUUUGCAUGCCAAUUGGCAAAGAAUAUUUUUCAUGCAGGCAAAGUCAUAACUACAGUCUCGACUUCAAAGGUGGAAAGGAUCAGCGACUUCCUAGGCGAAGGAACAGUCGAUCAGAUAAUUGACUACACAAAAUCCGACCCAAGAGAGGUCAUCGAGUUUGGCUCUGUGGACUUCCUCUUCGACACAGUUGGCUCUGCGAUGGAGUACCUCUGCCUAAUGAAACCACAAUCAGGAUCUAUCAUUUCGGUUUCGACUUUGCCAUCGGGUAAUCAGCUCCAGAACUCUUCAAUUAUGGAUCUGCCCCAUAAACCUAGCAUUCCGAUCGCGUUCCGAAUGGCACUCAAUGCUUUCGAUUGUGUGCGUAAACUAAGGGCACGGCGGUAUGGCGUUGAGUAUUCAUAUAUGUUUUUGGGAUCGAGUGGUCGAGCUCUGGACGAGUUGAGGAACUAUGUUGAGGAACACAGAUUGAGAACAGUGGUUGGAAAGACUGUUGAGCUUUCCGACAUUGAAGCGGUGCGAUCUGCAUGCCAGAUCGUUUACAGCGGGAAGGGAGGUCUCGGGAAAGUGGUUGUUAAAGUUGCCAGUCGGUAG